CCCUGUGUGUUGGAGCCAGGACUAUGGGAUUGUUUGACAAGCUAGCAGGAUGGCUCGGGCUGAAGAAAAAGGAGGUUCACGUUUUGUGCCUUGGCUUGGACAAUAGUGGCAAAACAACGAUCAUAAAUAAACUUAAACCUUCCAAUGCUCAAACUCAGGACAUUGUCCCAACAAUAGGAUUCAAUAUAGAGAAAUUCAAGACUUCAAGUUUGUCUUUCACAGUGUUUGAUAUGUCGGGUCAAGGGAGAUACAGAAAUCUAUGGGAACAUUACUACAAAGAAGGCCAAGCCAUUAUUUUUGUCAUUGAUAGCAGUGACAAAUUGAGAAUGGUUGUGGCCAAAGAAGAACUUGACGUCCUUCUGAAUCAUCCAGAUAUAAAGCACCGUCGACUGCCUAUUCUGUUCUUUGCUAACAAGAUGGACCUAAGGGAUGCAAUGUCAUCUGUGAAAGUAUCUCAGUUAUUGUCAUUAGAAAACAUCAAAGACAAGCCCUGGCAUAUCUGUGCCAGUGAUGCUCUUAAAGGGGAAGGAUUACAAGAAGGUGUAGAUUGGCUCCAAGAGCAGAUACAAGCAAGGAAGACAUGAGAGAUAACUGAAAGAUGGCGUUCUUUUACAGACUUUGUCAUUAGGUGCACAAGUUCCUUGGAAAAGAAGAAUGAUUUAGAUAAAAUUAGCAGUUCAGCUAAAAUACACUCUGUUGAUUGUUCCCUUUUAGUAUCUCUUCCAGGAAAACUGAAUGUAGACAACAUAGCACCUCAGGUAUGUGCACUGAUGAAUUGAAUCUUGUGACUGGAGAGCAUAUAUAUUAAAAAGUGUAUAUAUUUCUGUUAAACAUCUGCAUUCAUUUGAGUUUUAGGUGAUAAUCAGCUGUCGUGAAAUGCCCCUCUGUUUCUUGGGGGGGGCAUUUGGACACCUUUUGACCAAAUGGGAAUAUUUGUUUUCCUGAGAAAGAAUGAUCAGCACUUUCUGAAAUACAGCUGCAUGAGACACUACUGAUUUUAGGUGCCCAUUUUUAGGUAUUUCUGCAUUUUUUCUGAUGUUGGGGUUUUAAUAACCAUCUACAAUAGGCUUCUAGAGGAAUUUUUUGGUGUGAGAUACAAGGAUUUGAACAUCAGUGUAUUUGUUAUAGAUGAUUGCAGAUGUUUUUAAGGAACUGCUUUUAAUGAAAUGUUAUAAAUUGUUUCUGUAAUAUGCCAUGAGUAUAUUUGCAUUCAAUAAAACUUUAAAUAUACAACAUGCCAUGGUAAUUUUAAACUUAUAUAUGUUCAUUGAUGGUCUUUAUGUCUGAAAUUUUUUGGUUUUGUGUUAGUUUCCUUUGGAAUUUGUCCAUUUUCCAAUGGAAAUAGCAUUGUAUACUGGAAUAAAAUGGUUUCUCUUUUGCCAAGUGCUUUA